AUGGCGUCGCUCUGUAAAGUGAUGUGCAACAUGAGCUCGAGAUAUACUUUACUACCAAAACCGCGCGUUUUUACCACACCUAAAUCACUAUAUAGCUCUGAAGUGAGUGGAUCUACUGGUGAAGAUGAUAAAUCAACCGAGAGGGCGAAGAGCGGGUUUGCAACUGCAUACGAUUUGCAUUCAGACCUCCACCAGCAGCAGCAGAAGGUCGAUCGGGACGCAUCGGUACGACUGAGCUCCAGGGACGAGACCUCAUUCAUUUCUCUCUUACGACAUUCCCCACUCAUGCAGAUGGGUCCCGCUAAGGACAAGAUCGUAAUGGGCAAAAUCUUCCAUAUCGUCAAAGAUGACUUGUACAUAGAUUUUGGUGGGAAGUUCAACUGUGUGUGUAAAAGGCCCUCAGUGGACGGAGAGAAGUACCAGAGAGGCAGCAGAGUGAGGUUGAGACUGGAGGAUCUGGAGUUGACCUCAAGGUUCCUGGGCGCGACGACGGAUACGACUUUGCUGGAAGCGGAUGCUAUUUUACUCGGAUUGUUGGAGAGUAGAGAACCCAAGCCGAAAGAGUAACUUAAUAGACAAUGGAGGCAACUCUGACUGAACUGUGUGAAUGGACUUUUGUAUUGCGUGAACAUAUAUUUAAUUAAUAACUUCAUCUGAUUGGUUUCUUGGUUAUUAUUAAUACAUGAGAUGGCCAAUAAGACUCGACGUCUUGUCAUGAAUAUCAAAUGUCACAAUGUAUUGAUGAUGGGUUUUUUCUUUGUAAAACUGUGGUUGUUACCUUAUUAGGUUACUAAGAUUACUAUACUUUACCUGUUCACUUGGCUCACUACCAAUAUGCUUUCACUAUAAAACGUAAUAUAAAAUCGAAUGUUUUUCAUUACGAAUACCACAAUGAAGCAUCAGCGGGUUACCAUUAAGCCAUUACAUUUUUACAUCUUAUUCCAGUUGUAUUUAAUGGUGUUUAACUGGUUCGCCUUCACCACAUAAAACCACAUCAAUCCAAAAACCCACAGUGAUCAUUAUAUUUUACAUUAAAACCAAUACAACUGUCAUUAACCAUAAAAUGUUUUUAAUAUUUGUGAUGGUUUCUAUUGUUCUUUAAACAGGGCUAUCACUUGUAUGUUAAUAUUACAUUUUGUGUAAAUAAAUAAAUAACCAGAUAAGUUUCCAAAAUCGUAUGUUUUAUUGUGCAUUCUCAGUUAUUUAAACUGAGGGGUUGUUUUUGCAAAUAAACUACAAAUAUAAG